AUGGCCACCACCGCGCAGUACCUGCCGCGGGGCCCCGGCGGCGGAGCCGGGGGCACCGGGCCGCUCAUGCAUCCGGACGCCGCGGCGGCAGCGGCGGCGGCGGCGGCCGCCGAACGGCUGCACGCGGGGGCCGCGUACCGCGAAGUGCAGAAGCUGAUGCACCACGAGUGGCUGGGCGCGGGCGCGGGCCACCCCGUGGGCCUAGCGCACCCCCAGUGGCUGCCCGCGGGAGGAGGCGGCGGCGGCGACUGGGCCGGCGGCCCGCACCUGGAACACGGCAAGGCGGGCGGCGGCGGCACCGGCAGAGCAGACGACGGCGGCGGCAGCGGCGGCGGCGGCGGAGGAGGAGGUUUCCACGCGCGCCUGGUGCACCAGGGGGCGGCCCACGCGGGCGCGGCAUGGGCGCAGGGCGGCACGGCGCACCACUUGGGUCCGGCUAUGUCGCCUUCGCCCGGGGCCGGCGGGGGCCACCAGCCCCAGCCUCUCGGGCUGUACGCGCAGGCGGCCUACCCAGGGGGCGGCGGCGGCGGCCUGGCCGGGAUGCUGGCGGCGGGCGGCGGCGGCGCGGGGCCGGGCCUGCACCACGCGCUGCACGAGGACGGCCACGAGGCGCAGCUGGAGCCGUCGCCGCCGCCGCACCUGGGCGCCCACGGACACGGACACGCACACGCGGGCAGCCUGCACGCGGCGGCCGCGGCAGCCGCGGCGGCGCACCUGCACCCGGGCGCGGGCGGCGGCGGCGGCUCGUCGGUGGGCGAGCACUCGGACGAGGACGCGCCCAGCUCGGACGACCUGGAGCAGUUCGCCAAGCAGUUCAAGCAGCGGCGCAUCAAGCUGGGCUUCACGCAGGCCGACGUGGGGCUGGCGCUGGGCACGCUGUACGGCAACGUGUUCUCGCAGACCACCAUCUGCCGCUUCGAGGCCCUGCAGCUGAGCUUCAAGAACAUGUGCAAGCUCAAGCCGCUGCUCAACAAGUGGCUGGAGGAGACCGACUCGUCCAGCGGCAGCCCCACCAACCUGGACAAGAUCGCGGCGCAGGGCCGCAAGCGCAAGAAGCGCACGUCCAUCGAGGUCGGGGUCAAGGGCGCGCUGGAGAGCCACUUCCUCAAGUGCCCCAAGCCCUCGGCGCACGAGAUCACGGGCCUGGCCGACAGCCUGCAGCUGGAGAAGGAGGUGGUGCGCGUCUGGUUCUGCAACCGGCGGCAGAAGGAGAAGCGCAUGACCCCCGCGGCCGGCGCGGGCCACCCGCCCAUGGACGACGUGUACGCGCCUGGCGAGCUGGGGCCGGGUGGGGGCGGCGCGUCGCCGCCCUCGGCGCCCCCGCCGCCCCCGCCGGCCGCGCUGCACCACCACCACCACCACACACUGCCCGGCUCUGUGCAGUGA